CAAUAAUUCAUAUUGAUAUUAAAAUAAAAGUUCAUAAUUUUUGGAUAAUUUUACAAGGCGGAGCGAUACAAUUAUUCACUACUUACAAUCACUUGGCGUAUGAACAUUUUGGAUGAAGUGACUCAGAUGUUCCUUUCCGUCGCGUUAUCCAGCAGUGAAACAUGUCGUAUACACCUGAAAGAAGUGAUGAGUGGUCAGGAGGAGAUUCAAAAAAUGGGCCGAGUGAAAAAGAAGAGCAUCGGUCCGAGGGCCCUCCAGGAAUGGAUGUCGAUGGAAUCAUCGAGUCCACUUGGGAGGAGGUUGUAGACAAUUUUGAUGAUAUGAAUUUGAAGGAAGAACUCCUUAGAGGCAUCUAUGCAUAUGGUUUUGAAAAGCCGUCUGCAAUCCAGCAACGUGCGAUUGUGCCUUGUGUCAAGGGGUAUGAUGUAAUAGCCCAAGCUCAGUCUGGAACUGGGAAGACUGCGACUUUUUCUAUAUCUAUUCUGCAAAAGAUUGAUAUGAGUGUACGUGAAUGUCAAGCUCUAAUUCUUGCUCCAACAAGAGAAUUAGCUCAGCAGAUUCAGAAGGUUGUUAUAGCUCUUGGUGAUUUUAUGAGUGCCCAGUGCCAUGCCUGCAUUGGUGGCACGAAUGUUAGGGAAGAUAUGAGGAAGUUAGAACAGGGUGUACAUGUUGUAGUAGGGACUCCAGGACGUGUGUAUGAUAUGAUUGUUCGGAGGUCACUGCGUACUAGCCAUAUAAAGCUGUUCGUUUUGGAUGAAGCUGAUGAAAUGUUAUCAAGAGGUUUCAAAGAUCAGAUCAGAGAUGUGUUCCAAACUGUGCCAGCAGACAUUCAGGUUAUUCUGCUUUCUGCUACCAUGCCUCAGGAUGUUUUAGAAGUGACUUCCCAUUUUAUGAGAGAUCCCGUAAAAAUUCUUGUAAAGAGAGAAGAGUUGACUUUGGAAGGUAUUAAACAGUUCUUCGUUUUCGUUGAACGAGAAGAUUGGAAAUUUGACACCCUAUGCGAUCUCUAUGACACCUUGAGUAUUACUCAAGCUGUAAUCUUUUGUAAUACCCGUCGCAAAGUCGACUGGCUUACCGAGAGUAUGCAUCGUAAGGACUUCACAGUAUCAGCUAUGCAUGGAGACAUGGAACAACGUGAACGUGAUGUAAUUAUGCGGCAGUUCCGCACAGGAUCAAGUCGUGUACUGAUUACCACUGACCUUCUAGCUCGUGGAAUUGAUGUACAGCAAGUUUCAUUAGUUAUCAACUAUGACUUGCCGUCUAAUCGAGAAAACUAUAUCCAUAGAAUUGGCCGUGGUGGUCGUUUCGGCCGAAAAGGAGUUGCUAUUAAUUUUGUCACCGAAGAUGACAAGCGUACAUUGAAAGACAUUGAACAAUUCUACAAUACCCGCAUUGAAGAGAUGCCAAUGAAUGUAGCAGACUUAAUCUAAGUCUAGUGCUGUUCUCUAUUGCGAGUUCUAAAUGGCGAUGUUUGGCCAGUCCAUCGGUUGGAAGAAUUUUUGGAAAUAAAGAUCAAAAUUUCCUAAAUGAAGUGCAGCAAACAGUGGUUUUCUUGUCGUGUACCCAGCUCCUUUUCCUUAGUCAUUGGAGAUUGUAUUCAUUUAUAUUGUUUUUAUAAAUUUAAUUGCAUGAUUUUGACAGAUUUUACGAUGUUCUCUUUUAUUUAUUUUUUAAAAACUUUAUAAUUUUGUAAUAUCAGGUUUUCUUUAAUGAAAUUGUGAAUAAAAGUUUGAAAACAAGUAUACAGA